UACUACACCCUCGAAUUCAAUACUUCCUUCACGCCCGACUCUUGGGAUAUCUCGUAUGAGAAAGUUCCCUCCACCGAGGUUGCAUUUGUCGUUGAUUUAACACCCUGGGCUAACUACACCUUCCGUGUGAAAGCCAUCAACAAAAUCGGACCGUCGCCGCCAUCUGAGAACAGUGAAGUAUGCACAACGCCAGCAGAUGUGCCCUACAAGAACCCGGACAAUGUUCAAGGCAUGGGAACUGAGCCCAAUAACUUGGUUAUAUCAUGGACGCCAAUGCCAGAAAUUGAUCACAAUGCACCGGACUUCCAUUACCGCCUCUCGUGGAAACGCGAUAUACCUGCAGCCUCCUGGGAGAGUAGAGACAUCUACGAUUGGCGGCAGAGUAAUAUGGUAAUACCAGAUCAGCCAACCUAUGUACCAUACCUGAUCAAAGUAGUGGCUAUAAAUCAAAAAGGUGAAGCAAAUGUGGCGCCCACAGAAGUAGUAGGCUAUUCAGGCGAAGAUCGUCCCUUGGAAGCUCCCACUAACUUCAGCAUGGUUCAAGUCACAGCCGCUACCACAGCUAUGCUGCGCUGGAAUCACGUCAGCCCCGAAUCAGUACGUGGUCGCUUCAAGGGCUACAAAAUCCAAACUUGGACCGAGAAGGAGGGUGAGGAAGCGCUGCGCGAAAUACACGUUGAUGCGAUUUCCGAUCAGGCGCUCGUGACACAAUUCAAACCCGACUCGAAGAACUUUGCGCGUGUGCUCGCCUACAAUGGACGCUUUAAUGGCCCACCAAGUGUGGUCAUCGAUUUCGAUACACCGGAAGGUGUGCCAUCACCAGUACAAUCAUUGGAUGCCUACCCGCUGGGUUCAUCUGCCUUCUGGUUGACAUGGAAGAAACCAUUGCAGCCAAAUGGUAAAUUGACCGUCAAAAUCUACUACGAAGAAGUGAAGGGAAGCUAUGUAAGCGAGCGACGUGAACUCGAACCGCACAUUACCGAUCCACGACAGACGAGCACCAAAAUGGCUGGUUUGCACCCAAAUACUAAGUAUAGAAUUUCCAUAACAGCGACAACAAAAAUGGGCGAGGGAUCAGAGCACUUUAUUGAGAAACGUACAUUACCAGAGGACUCACAGAAGCCAGCCGUACCUGCAUUCGCUUGGGAGCAAUUGCCAUCCGAUAAUGGUUUUGCUAAAUAUCGCAUAAACUGGCAUCCCAGCACCGAAGGGCAUGCGGGCACACACUUCUACACACAAUACAGAAUCAAAGGUGAGCCCAACUUCGUUAAAGUGGAUCCGGAAUUUACCAGAGACUUCCAAGAGAUCGCUGGUCUUGACCCCGACAAUGUUUACGAAUUCCGCGUGGUCGCAGUUGAUGGACUCCACGAAACACCCAGUGAACUAAGAGAAAUCGUUGUUGAAGGACCUACUAAAGUGCCCAAUCAGAAUGUGGCAAAUGCUGGCUGGUUCAUUGGCAUGAUGUUGGCUUUGGCUUUCAUUAUUAUACUUUUCAUUAUUAUUUGCAUAAUACGACGCAAUCGUGGUGGCAAAUAUGAUGUACAUGAUCGUGAAUUGGCGAACGGCCGUCGUGACUAUCCGGACGAAGGUGGAUUCCAUGAAUACUCACAGCCUUUGGAUAACAAGAGCGCUGGUCGCCAAUCGGUUAGUUCGGCGAACAAGCCAGGUGUGGAAAGUGAUACCGAUUCCAUGGCUGAAUAUGGUGAUGGUGAUACAGCGGCUGUUGUAUUAAGAGGCGUUGCAAAUAAUUUACCCACGGUGCCUGAAUUCCGAGAUGAUGCUGCCAACGCAGCAGCACACAUACUUAAACACUAGCCAUGACACUCUUUUGCAAAUUACAAAUUUAUAGUAAAUUCGUUUGAAAAAAUGCUAAGGUAAAAAAAAA